GCGGGGGGUGCCUGUGCAGAAUCGUGCACGUUUUUUAAUUUUAAUUUUUAUUAUUUUGUCUUUUUUUGGGAGGGGGAACAGGGGCGUAUGACAGGAAGAUGGGGAUAUGGCAAGGAGAGGGGGAUAUGGAGAGGAGGAGGAGGAUGUGGACGAGGAGGACGACGAGGAUAGCGAGGACGACGAGGAGUCGUCGUCGAGAUGGGGGAGGAGAAGAGAUGGACGGAGGGAAAAGAGGAAGGGCAGGACGAGGAGGACGAGUGGGAGGAGGAGGAGACAUGGACGGCGAGGAAGGGGAGGACACGAGGAAAGGGAGGACACGAGGAAGGGAAGAAGAUGAGGAAGGGAAGGAGACGAGGAGGCAUGGAAGAUGAGGAAGCACGAGGAGGAGGAGGAGGACGAACAGUAGGAGUAGGAGGAGGAGGAGGAGGAGGAGGAGGAGACGAAAAGGAGAAGGGAGGAGGAGACAUGGAGGAUGAGGAAGGGGAGGAGUAGCAAGGUGGGAUUCUACGGCUCAAGCUGCGCCUUCAGCAGCCUGAUCUCUCUGUUGUCUGCCGUGGUUGGUGUGGGGAUGAAGCCCUAGCACUUCGGCCCUCACAGUCUCCCUCCCUGAAAGCGGGGUGCACCGGCGGGACAUCUGGAACUGUGGAGAGACAAGGUUAUCCUUCUCUUGUAGGUCUUUCUGUUGUAAUGGAAACGGUACUCGAGAAGGUUAUGGCCUCGAUUCCAGAUUGCAAAUAUCCCAUAUUCACUGGUUAUGAUAAACCGAUUUCAAAUGCCAUGCUGGCUGUUGAGUGGGCAAAUGGUGGUCGAAAUUCAUGAGAACAAAAACCUUCAACAAUA